AUGUCUUCCCCUCGUCCUUCCUCGCCCGCCGGCGCUGCCACCGGCUCUAGCCUCGGUCGCCCUUCGUCCCCCACGCCCCCCGGCGGUCCCCGUACUGCUAUCCGCCGCCGCGCUGCCGCCGAUCAGAAGGAGAAGAUUGCCAAUGCUCGCCCGACAAGUACGAGGGCUGCCGGCGCUGGUGGAUCUACCAGCACCAUGCUGAAGCUCUACACUGACGAGUCUGCCGGUCUCAAGGUCGAUCCUGUCGUUGUCCUUGUUCUUUCUCUCGUCUUCAUUUUCAGCGUUGUCGCCCUUCACGUCAUUGCCAAGCUUACCCGGAAAUUCUCAAGCUAA